AUGUCUCCCGCAGCAGCAACAACAACCGCCCCAGCAAGCAAGAGCUACAGCAUCGCCAGCAUCCCGGCUGAUGGCAUCGGGCCUGAGGUGGUCGAUGCGGCCAUCACCGUGCUGGAGACCCUCUCAGAGACAUUAGGCUCUUUUGACAUUCAAUUCACCCACUUCGACUGGAGCUCCGAGACAUACAAGAAGACGGGGAAAUAUAUCCCCGACGGCGGCCUCGAUGAGCUGAAGAAGCAUGAUGCCAUCCUGUUCGGGGCCGUGGGUGCACCUGACGUUCCCGAUCAUAUUUCUCUCUGGGGCCUGCGCCUCGCCAUCUGCCAGCCCUUCCAGCAGUACGCCAACGUGCGGCCCACCAAAGUCUUCCGCGGCACCCAGUCGCCGCUCCGCAACUGCAAGCCCGGCGACCUGGACUGGGUCAUUGUCCGCGAGAACAGCGAGGGCGAGUACGCGGGCCAGGGCGGGCGCUCGCACCGCGGCAAGAAGUGGGAGACGGCCACCGAGGUCGCCAUGUUCACGCGCCACGGCGUCGAGCGCAUCAUGCGGUUCGCCUUCGAGACGGCCCGGAGCAGGCCGCGGAAGCUGCUCACCAUCGUGACCAAGAGCAAUGCGCAGAGGAACGGGAUGGUCCUGUGGGAUGAGGUCGCUGCCGAGGUGGCCAAGGAGUUCCCCGAUGUGACGACGGACAAGAUGCUUGUGGAUGCCAUGACCUGCCGCAUGGUCCUGAAGCCUGAGUCUAUCGACACCAUCGUUGCAACCAAUCUUCAAGCCGAUAUUCUCUCGGACCUUGCAGCCGCACUGGCUGGGUCCAUUGGAAUUGCACCAACGUCCAACCUAGAUCCAACACGAGAGAACCCGUCUAUGUUCGAACCAAUCCACGGCUCAGCUUUCGACAUCACCGGAAAGGGUAUUGCCAAUCCAGUCGCCACGUUCUGGACCAGCGCAGAGAUGCUGGCCUGGUUAGGAGAGGAAGACGCAAGCAAGAAAUUGCUGGACGCUGUGGAGCGCGUCUGUGAGAAGGGUGUUGUUACUGCUGAUCUUGGUGGCACUGCAAAGACUACUGAUGUGACCAGUGCUGUAUGCGAAGUAAUUAAAGCUGCAUACGGCAAGCAGAAGUGAUGCAUACAUAGAAGCAUACUUUCACAAGCAUAUCGACGGUUGUGAAUCAACAUGCAAAACAGCCAAUUGGUUAGCUUUCAGGGUAUGAACACAAGAGGAAGGCUUGUACCGAAGAGCUGAAGAGUUUUUAGAGGAUAAGAGAGAUUAGACCAGUCGACAGGACAUAGUUCAAGGUACGGAUUCAACUAGAUGGAACACAACAAGGAAUUCAAAAGAGAUAAUUACUUG